GCGUGAACACAACACCCGCGCCCAAACUACGUAGGCAGAGUGCCUGUUUACAAGCAUUCGUGAUGACAACUUCAUGGUCCAAUUUAAAUACCAAAGGAAAGUAACGUGACUGCUUCAUAGGACUCAGAUAUCCAAUAUGGGAAGUCUCUCGAUACAAACACCCACCGCGACUGAACAGAACGCGGCGCUGCUCGCGGACCGGAAACUUUCGAUGGAGGUGCGAACUGCGAGAAAAGACGUUCAUCACAGGGUAUUUGUGAAUCGGAGUUUGAAACUUGAAAACAUGAAGUGCUUUGGCUUUGACAUGGAUUACACUUUAGCAGUGUACAAAUCUCCCGAGUAUGAGAGUAUGGGCUUUGAGUUGCUCCGGGACAGACUUGUGUCAAUUGGCUACCCACACGAGCUACUGGGCUAUACAUACGACCCCACCUUCCCGACACGAGGCCUGGUGUAUGACACCACUUAUGGCAACCUGUUGAAAAUAGACUCCAAUGGGAACAUCCUGGUGUGCACUCAUGGCUUUGAGUACCUCAGAGGAGAUCAGGUAGAUGGGUAUUAUCCAAAUAAGUUCAUCCAGAGAGACGACACUGAACGCUUCUACAUCCUCAAUACACUCUUCAACCUAUCAGAGACAUAUCUGUAUGCAUGCCUUGUUGACUUCUUCACCAAAAGCACCAGAUACAAAAAUCAACAGAAAGGGUUUAAACACGGUGACUUGUUCAUGUCAUACCGGAGCAUGUUUCAGGAUGUGCGGGAUGCCAUGGAUUACCUUCAUGACACUGGCUCUUUGAAAGAGAGAACUUUGAAGAACCUGGACAAGUAUGUUAUGAAAGAUCCAAGACUCCCUGUGUUACUUAGCCGCAUCAAAGAGGUUGCCAAAGUUUUCCUGGCCACCAACAGCGACUUCAAUUACACAGAGGGUAUUAUGAAAUACUUAUUAGAUUCCUCGGUUGGUUCAAAGAACCCCAAAAAAUCCUGGCGUUCCUACUUUGAUCUGGUGGUGGUGGACACAAAGAAGCCCUUGUUCUUUGCAGGGGGGACAGUGUUACGGCAAGUAGACACGGACACUGGCAAGCUGCGUAUUGGAACAUACACUGGAGACCUGCAGCACGGGACAGUGUAUUCAGGAGGGUCUUCUGACAUUGUGUGUGAUUUGCUGGAUGUUAGGGGGAAAGACAUUCUCUAUAUUGGGGAUCAUAUCUUUGGGGACAUUCUCAAGUCAAAGAAACGGCAGGGCUGGAAGACGUUUUUGGUGGUUCCCGAGCUAGCUAAGGAGCUACAUGUGUGGGCAGACAAAACCGGUAUGUUUGAGGAGCUGAGACAUCUUGACAUCUUCCUUGCAGACUUAUACCAGCAUUUAGACAGUGAAAGUCGAGAGUGCCCAGAUAUCAGUGCCAUUCAAAGCAGGAUAAAGAUGGUGACAUAUGGCAUGGAUUUGUGCUAUGGGAAAAUGGGCAGCCUUUUACGCUGCGGUUCCACUAAAACUCUCUUCGCCAGUCAGUUAUUGCGCUAUGCAGAUAUAUAUGCAACCUCCUGCCUCAACCUCCUAAACUACCCCUUCAGCUAUCUCUUCAGAGCCCCACAUGUCCUGUUACCUCAUGAGGCCGCUGUUGAGCUUCAAACAAGGGAGCAGACCACAUCAGAGCUCUCCACCAAUCACACUCUCCAAACCACAGACACCAAGCGGCAAUGCGAGUGUGACAAUGGCAACUGUGGACAAGAUGAUAAUUGUGCCCGAAAUUAUCCUGUUGCCCAGAUAGAAACAUGAGGACUGAUGCAGGGUUUUUUUUUUUUUUUUUAAAUCACUGUAAAUAUGAACGUUUUGUGUGUGUGUGUGUGUGUUUUACUUCUACAAUAUCCAUUCCUG